UUGCGCUGCUGAGCACAGGGACCGGCACGGCCCCUCCGACGUCACCUCUCCCUCUUCUGUCCCCCAGACUCGGCGGCGGGUGAGCAGCCGGGGACACGCAGCGAGGCCCCAGGGGACACCAGAGCAUCCAUCACCAGGGCCAUGGCAGCCCAGCCUGGUGGGGGCCAGAAGCCCUUUCAUGUCGUCUCGCCCAUCCUGGAGAGCCUGCCCCUCUCCAAGGCAGCGGGCACCAAGGUCUUCAUGAAGCUGGAGAACGUCCAGCCCACGGGCUCCUUCAAGAUCCGGGGCAUCGGGCACCUCUGCCAGGAGGCUGCCAAGAGGGGCUGCCGCCAAUUCGUCUGCUCCUCAGGGGGGAAUGCUGGUAUGGCAGCAGCAUAUGCAGCCAAGAAGCUGGGGCUGCCCAUCACCGUGGUGAUCCCCAGCACCAGCGGCCCCAUCCCCAAGCGCAAGCUGGAGGAGCUGGGGGCGACCGUGGAGGUCUAUGGCAAGGCAUUUGAUGAUGCAAACAAGAGAGCCCAGGAGCUGUUGAAGACGGAGGGCUGGGUCAGCAUCCACCCCUUUGAUGACCCCUUGGUGUGGCAGGGUCACACCAGCCUGGUCUGGGAGCUGAAGGACUCUCUGGAGACCAAACCAGAUGCCAUCGUGCUGUCGGUGGGUGGUGGGGGGCUGCUGGCUGGUGUCGUGGAGGGCCUGCACCAGGUGGGCUGGCAGGACAUCCCCAUCAUCGCUGCUGAAACCCACGGAACCCACAGCUUCCACGAGGCACUGAAAGCUGGCCGGCUGGUCACCCUGCCUGAGAUCACCAGUGUGGCCAAGUGCCUGGGAGCCAAGACAGUGGCAACGCGGGCGCUGGAGUGUGCCCAGGAGUGCCAGAUCAUCUCCCAGGUGGUGGAGGACACAGAGGCUGUGAGGGCUGUGGAGCAGUUCCUGGAUGACGAGAGGAUGCUGGUGCAGCCGGCGUGCGGGGCCGCCCUGGCCACGCUCUACACGGGGCGGCUGCAGCGGCUGCAGCGAGAGGGGAAGCUGCGGACCCCGCUGGGCUCCGUGGUGGUCGUGGUCUGCGGGGGCGGCAACAUCAACACGGCACAUCUGCGAGCCCUGAAGAGCCAGCUGGGGAUGGAGUGACACCCACCCCGAGGCAGGGGACGCGACAGAGCCUGGCUGGCACCCUCUGCUUGCUUUCCCUCCGAAAUAACCAAAAUAAAGCCUGGUGGACGCAG